GGCCCGCAGCGGCGAGCGGCUGCAGCUUUGCAGUCGAGUCCCGCUCGGAGUUCGUGUUUCCUCGGGGCGGGCUCGUCGUGACGGUCCCGGGGCCGUGCUGGAGCGGGCCUUCUGGUCUCGUGGCCCGCGGGGGCCGGGCCGCAGACAUGUGAAGGACCUCGUCCAGGAUCCCCCUCAGAGACCCCUGAGGACCACCAACACUUGGAGCUCAGGUCGGCGGCGGUAGCUGUCAUGGACACACUAGUGGAAGAUGAUAUCUGCAUCCUGAAUCAUGAGAAGGCCCACAGAGGAGACACCCUAACUCCACUCUCAAUAUAUACAGGAGAUGAAUCUGUUGCUUCACAUUUUGCCCUGGUCACUGCCUAUGAAGACAUCAAGAAGCGACUUAAGGAUUCCGAGAAGGAGAACUCAUUCUUAAAGAAAAGAAUAAGGGUUUUGGAAGAAAGGCUUGCAGGAACUCGAUCAGAUGAAGAGACAAGUUCUGUGGGACGAGAACAAGUAAAUAAGGCCUAUCAUGCAUACCGAGAAGUUUGCAUUGACCGGGAUAAUUUGAAGAGUAAGUUGGAUAAAAUGAAUAAAGACAACUCUGAAUCUUUGAAAGUAUUGAAUGAACAGCUCCAGUCUAAAGAAGUAGAGCUCCUGCAGCUAAGAACAGAGGUGGAAACUCAGCAGGUAAUGAGGAAUUUAAAUCCACCCUCAUCAAACUGGGAGGUGGAAAAGUUGAGCUGUGACCUGAAGAUCCAUGGUUUGGAACAGGAGCUGGAACUGACCAGGAAAGAGUGUAACGAUCUCAAGAUGGAGCUGCAGAAAGCUCGUCAAAUGAGUCCAUCUCAGGAAGACAGUGUGCAGAGCAGAGAUCUCCAAAGACUGAGCAUUUCCAGUGAUAGUGUGGAACAUGCGUACUGGGAACUCAAGAGAGAGAUGUCCAAUUUACAUCUGGUGACUCAAGUACAAGCUGAACUACUAAAGAAACUGAAAACCCCGGCUGCCAUCAAGAAAGCCUGUGCCUCAGUAGCAUGUGUGGAAGACCUUGGGAAAGACAGCACGAAAUUACACUUGACGAAUUUCACUGCAAUGUACAAAAGGCACCCCCCUUUAUCACCCAAUGGGAAAGCUAUUUGUUAUACUCCAUCUUCCCCUUUACCAGGAGAUAUAAAGGUUUUAUCAGAAAAAGCCAUUCUCCAGUCCUGGACAGAUAAUGAGAGAUCCAUUCCUAAUGAUGGCGCAGACUUUCAGGAACACAACUCUUACGGCAGAAAUUCUCUGGAAGACAAUUCUUGGGUAUUUCCAAGCCCUCCUAAGUCAAGUGACACAGCAUUUGGGGAAGCUAAAAGCAAAACUUUUCCUGUACCCAUCCUGCCGCCCUUGCAUUACUUGGAUCAGCAUAAUCAGAACUGCCUGUACAAGAACUGAUUGACUGAUUGGUGGUUUGAUCAUGCACACUCUGUAACUUCCAACGGUUCUCAGAACCAAAGACAUUCUUUAACAAAUUCCAUAUAGAUUUUCAACAUUCUUCAGAAUGUACAUUUAUUCAAACUGUACAGAUUAUGUCAUUGAUCUUCCAGGAUGACAGGAGUGCCCUUCAGUCCCUUCUAGGAAUCAGAUAUAUGCUAUUAUAUGAACUGUUAAUCUGAAUGUGUUUCUAGACUAUUGUACCUUUAAUUUUAUUACAGAAUUUUUUCUUCUCUGAUAAAGAAUGGAAAUGCAGAUUCUUUUAGACAUAGUUUUAUAAAGUAUGAAAUGCCUAAAUAUCCACUAACCCACUACAUGUAUGAUUACAUAAAGAAGCAAAUGGAAAUGUGAAAGGUAAAUAUAAUGGAAUAAAAGUAUGUAGGUUGUUAAAUCUC